AUGAAAGGUGUGUUAAGUUUCGAACAUAAGGGCAAGUUAAGUCCUAAAUUCAUUGGAUCAUUUGAGAUCCAAGAGCUAGUUGGUCCAGUAGCGUAUAAGUUAGCCCUACCUCCAGCCCUCUCAGGAGUACAUGAUGUAUUUCACGUGUCGAUGCUGAGGAAGUACAUUAUGGACCCUAUCCACGUAAUAGACUACGAACCACUCCAACUCAAUGAAGAUCUGAGCUACGAGGAAAAACCAGUAAGAAUCUUAGCUAGAGAAGUAAAAACCUUACGCAAUAGGAGCAUUGCGUUUAUUAAG